AUAAAAGGCCCCUUCUCCUCCAUUAAAGCAAAUCUCUUUCCAUCUCUCGCUCUCUAUAUAUAAAAGUUAUAAUCAUACAUAAAAUCAAGAAAAGAGGAUGAAAGCAAAAAUGUAUGCAGAAACAGAGCUAAUGUCUCCUUAUUUCCACAACUUUUCUCAGGAAGUUCAGCAAUUUGAGGAAGCUUUUUGCUGGCAGCAAAAGCCAUUGGACCUGUGGGCCCCCGAGCCCAUAAUCGAGGACCCCACAUUCGGGCCCGACCCAUUGGCCGAGUCGUCAAUCGAGAGCGAGUGCCUCUUAAAUGAGGUCUUUUAUGAGUGCGAAAAGGAUCUCUUGGCCAAGGAAGGCAAUGAAAUGCCAUUAUCUGAGGAGCUGAAAAUCGAAAUCCCAAACGAGGAUAGUUUUCUUGAUUUCCCGGUUUCGGUCUAUGGAAUGCGUAGAGCGUUUAGUGAUGGAGACAUAAAGACUCUUGAUAAUAAUGGCAACAUAAGCCAAGUUCAAUCGCCAGCUGGACUUCCUAAAGUCCCGAGCGCCUGUGCUUCUUCUGAAGAUCGGAAGGAAAAGUUGUACCGUUACUGGAGUAAGAAAUCGAGGAGGAAUUUCGAUAGGAAAAUCAAGUAUGCUUGCAGGAAGGCACUGGCCGAUAGCCAACCGAGAGUUCGCGGGCGGUUUGCGAAAAUCGAAGUAUCCGAAAACUGUAAGAAGCAAUGAGUUUAUAAAGCAGCAAUUGCAGUUCUUAGGAUUUGAUGUAUUAAAUGAAAAAAAUAAGUAUUGUUAAGGUAAUGAUUAGUUGGUGUUUUAUGUUUUAGUUUAAUUGAAGCCUAUGCAAGACUUUUUGCACUUUAUGUAAUCUUAUUGUAGAUCAAAUUCUCUCAUCUAGAUUAUGUACAAAAUUACUUGAUUUGGUGAUGAAAUAAAUUAAGCUUGGGUAGUUUGUUGAUAAAGCACAUUUCAUGCCUUACAUCAAAUAAAUUCAAAUGAAUUCCA